AUGAAGGUUUAUAACAAAUUUGUUCGUCAAAAGGAUGAAAACCUGAAGAGGAGGAAUAUUGAUAAGAAGAAUAAGAAAUCGGUACAAAAAGUUGAAGAAGUAAAAGAGGAAACACAAGUUCAUGCCCUAGAACCAGAUUCUAAUGUACUUACAGAUAAGGAGAAGAAUAAGAAUAAGAUUUCGAAGAUGAAAAGGCUAAACAAAGUAGACGAGAAUGAAGAUGUUGAACAUGGUGAAGAAUCUGAUAUUCAUCCAGCUGUUGAAGAGAGUGAUUCCUCUGAAGAUGAGGUUGCUCCAAGAAAUACCAUUGGUAAUGUUCCAUUGAAGUUUUAUAAAGAUGAGGAACACAUUGGAUAUGAUAUUUCUGGGAAGAAGAUUAAAAAACAAGCAAGAAAAGAUAUGCUUGAAGCUUUUCUAGCUAGAACAGACUUUUCGAAGAAGCUCAUAGUUCAUGAUGAUUACAAUGAUGAAGACGUUGAGAUACCAAAAGAAUGGCAAGAACUUAUCAGAUCACUGCUUAAAGGAAAGACUCCACAUGCUGAUGUCAAUCCAUAUCCGGAGUAUGUAGAUUGGGUUAAGCAUGAUGCCGUGCAUCCAAUGUCAAAUGCUCCAGAACCAAAGAGGCGAUUCAUUCCUUCAAAAUCAGAACAUAAGAAGAUUGUUCGAUUGAUCACAGCAAUCCGAAAAGGGCAUAUUACAUUUGAACCACCGAAGGAAGAGAAACGCAUUUAUCAUGAUUUGUGGGGAGAUGAUUCAAGCUCUACUGACAAAUCUAGACAAGGUUUGCGUUUUAUUCCUCCACCUAAAGCCAAGUUACCCGGUCAUGAGGAAUCAUAUAACCCUUCGUUAGAAUAUAUUCCGACUCAAGAAGAGAUUAGUUCAUAUGAGCUAAUGUAUGAAGAAGACCGACCGAAGUUUAUCCCGAAAAGGUAUGAGUCUCUGAGAAAAGUCCCAGCAUAUGAUAAAGCAGUGGAAGAAUCAUUUGCUCGUUGCUUAAAUAUUCUUUUAUGUCCUAGAGUUCGAAAGAAGCGUAUUAACAUUGAUCCUGAAUCUCUAAAGCCUAAACUUCCUAACCGUAAAGAUCUAAGGCCUUACCCUAUAACAUGUUUUCUGGAGUACAAAGGCCAUAUUGAUGCUGUUACUUCGAUAUCUGUUCAAGUGUCGGGCCAAUGGCUGGCUUCUGGCUCAAAGGAUGGAACAGUGCGUAUUUGGGAGGUUGAAACUGGGCGGUGCAUAAAGAUGUGGGUUGUUGGCGAAGCUGUCAAUUGUGUUGCUUGGAAUCCAGUUCCAGAUCGUUUUGUUCUGGGGAUUGCUGCAGGUCAAGAUGUGCUUGUUCUGAAUACUGGACUUGGGAGUGCAGAAGAACAGCAUAGAGUUAAACAACUUCUGAACAUUGACGCACCGUCAGGAACAGAUAACUCUGAUGAUAAGAGCACACCUAUAGUGAGUUGGAUCAAGCACGAUAAGCAUGAGGGAAUCAGGUUGAAGCAUAUUAAGACGGUAACCUCUGUUGAAUGGCAUCGUAAAGGAGACUACUUUAGUAUAGUGAUGCCCACUGGUGACUCGAAGGCUGUUCUGAUACACCAAUUGUCAAAGAAAGUUACACAAAGAAUUCCUUUUAAAUUGCAUGGGCAUCCAGUUUCAUCAGUCUUCCAUCCAUGUCGUGCCAUCUUGUUCAUUGCAACAAAGAAAAGUGUCCGUGUUUAUGAUUUAUUGAAGGAAAAGCUCAUUAGGAAGCUAGAGCCUGGAGUUCGUGAGAUUUCCUCCAUUGCUGUUCAUCCUGCUGGAGAUAAUGUAAUUGUGGGGAGUCGGGAGGGUAAAGUUUGCUGGUUCGACAUGGAUCUCUCUACUCAACCUUUUAAAAUUCUCAAAUGUCAGCCCAAGGAUAUUACAAAUGUGGCCUUUCAUCGUUCGUACCCCCUCUUUGUUGCAUCCUCUGAAAAUGGCACUGCAUAUGUGUUCCAUGGCAUGGUAUAUUCAGAUCUUAACCAGAAUCCACUUAUCGUUCCAUUGGAAAUUCUUCAUACAACAACACAUGGAAGAGGUGUCAUAGAUUGUUCCUUCCAUCCUAGGCAACCCUGGUUAUUCACUGCUGGUUCUGAUUCAGUAAUCAAACUUUACUGCCAUUAA